CCGCCUUCGGGCUCGACAAAAGGCCCAUACAGAGAACCCCAAUGGGUCAGAGCUGCUCUCACAAUGGUGGUUUAGGCUCUUAAGAUUUCUUUUUAUAUAUGUCUUCUACAUUCGACUCUCACAUUCUGGUCAUAUGUGAUAAACAUCUCAUACCCAGAACUUGGUUAUCAUAUGAUUUUGCUCCUGAUUGACAGACAAUGCCGCCGCCCUCAUUACUCCAGCUUUGCACGGCAACUGCGAUCAGGAACGUCAAACACCUCAAUGAUAUUGGAAACAUUCCUUAUGCCCUUGCUCGUCCGUUCCUCCUCAAGGUGGAGAGUCCCGAGAAACUGAGAGCUUUGGAAAUCCAGUCGCCUCAUCUCAUGCGCGAUGACGAAGAAAUAUGGCGUGAAUUCAUCGAGCGGGACAUUCCAGAAUCGCACAGGGAUGCCGUGCCCGAGAAGUCAGAUUGCUGGUAUGACGUAUAUCGCGAGCUUCAGGAAGAAGUGCAACGGGCAGUAGAUGAGGAUGCAGAGAAACUGAAGAUGGCGCUGGAUGGGAUCAGUUCCGAAAGAGCCAAGCACAGUGCCAAAUUCAUCACGGACCGGCGCCUCCCCGGCCAGAGGCCGACUGCGAAGCAGCGCUACGCUUCCUACGAUCGGAAGAUGGGCGGCAUCAAACCAGUAUUCACUCCCGGGAGGACUGGGCUGGGCUCCUCGGAUCCGGUAGGUGCGCCUGCCUGGCAAUUCGAACGACCCUCCGUACCACGGGAGACAAAGAAGAAGAACAGCAUUUUCACGGCCACGAAGCGCAAUAGUGUGCUGGCUAUCCCAACAAAGCAGCUCAAUAACAGAGCUUCGCAGGUCAGACAGGCUCCACGGUCCUUGGUUGAGGAACACCGGCGUCCUGCCGAGCCUGCCGUCCCCCGCCGACGAGAUAACGUAGCCCUAGCUAUGAGGGCACCCGGACGGUCACGGCUGCAGGGCGCUGCGGUCUCUGCAGGCCAGAUUAACCUAGCAGUAAAUUCCACCCUCCGGGAUAGAGAAGCUCGGCUCCGUGCAAUAGCCUCCGGACGACCAGUGGGCACCCUGGGGAGUUCGCCUGCUUUAGAGACCAACACGGCGCGGGUCACACGCCCAGGAGCGGCGGCAUCACCUCCCACAGUUUGUUUCCCCCUCCUUGCGAUCCUGACUUGAAUUCUCUGUUCUAGGGUCUUGACUGACUAGGCUAUAGACAAAUGCGGGUGAUUUGACCGCGUCUGGACCCCGUCCUCCUAUAGUUCGGAAAAGACCUGCGCCCGCUAAUCCUUUCCUCCAACCGAAGAAGAAGAGAGGUUGAACUGAUAUAUAAGUCGGUAUAUGAUCGUUGGACAAUGAGCCCUUCUUUGAGCCAUAUAGUUACUACUCUUGGACGUGAGCCGUGCUGUGGCUUUCAGUAAGGCCCGGUAUACUCGCAUCUUUUUCACCGUCAUUCUAUUUGCUCCUAUACCAUUCCCAUGAUUUGCGUUUAUUUGUCUUCCUUUUGUUCUUCUCCACCAAAGCCCACUUAGACUUGGUUGGCUUUAGGUUCGGCGUAAUGAGCUUUUUCUAUCUGCUGGUGGUGGUCAAAUCUAGACUGGGAUUUGAGGCGAACUGGUUUGGACUUAUAUUUCGUACGUGGUCUAUGAAUCUAAUACAUCCUCUGC